AUGAAUUAUGGGUGCCCCUCCGAAUUAUUAACAGAUCGUGGCCCGAGUACCAUGUCUCGGGAACUUCGUACGUAUUUACAAACAAUGGGCACAAAGCAUCUGCUAACGUCCGCCUACCAUCCACAGACAAAUGGUACUGUUGAGAGGUUUAACAGAACAUUUAUCAGCAUGUUAAGAAAAUAUAUCCAAGGAAAAACAACGAAAUGGGAUGAAUUCGUUGAUCAAGCUCUAUUUGCAUGCCGGGUACGUGUUCAUCAGUCAACAGGUAGAACAUCGUUCUUUAUGGUGUAUGGUGUUGAACCUAAGAUUCCUGGAGAUGAAUUAACACCAAUACUUGAUGAACAGAGGAAGAAGAUGCAUCCGUAUUGGUUAGGACCAUUCAAAAUAAGAAAAGUAUUUUCUCUAGGAACUUUUCAGCUUGAGGACGUCAGUGGACAGAUAAAACCAGAUUUAGUCCACCGAAAUAGACUAAAACUAGCAUUGCACGCCACCACACCAGAAACUCGAUGGUAUAAACCAACGCGUCGAACAUAA